AUGCUUGCAUCGUCAAUCCUCUGCUACGACUGCAACAGUGCUUUCGACCCUCGAUGCGGAGCAGAAUUUGACCCGUUCAGCUUGGGUGUCGUCAACUGCUCACUGAAAGACCCUUUGGAUCACAUACCAGAUAUAGAACCCACUUUUUGUCGAUCCAUCAAGAUGGAAAUAUACGGCAAAGUUCGGGUAGUCCGUCAAUGCGGAUAUUUACCAGAAGAGAAAUCCGAAAACUCGUGCCGUCGACAAUCUGGGAACGGGGAUCUGUUUGUCACUUACUGCAGCUGCGAUACCGACCUCUGUAACUCUUCUCCUAAGCAGCAUGGCGUCUUGGGCCUUAUACUUAUGUUGGUAAUCCUGUCUAGCUUCUAG